UUUGUAUCUACGCCGUAUGUAUUCCUUUCCUCUUUAUCUUUCUCUCUCUGCUUGGGAGUGAGUGAUAGUCUCUGUAAGAUAAGAAUCACAGUAGAGAGAUAUAGAGAGAGACAGAGAGAGAUAGAGCUUUUUAGUCUAACUCAUUCUUUUUCUUCCUUUCUUUCUUCUUCAUUUUAUACUGUACCAUUUGGUGUCAUUAUCACUCAGAUUUUCCUUUUCAAACUCCCCCCUCAUCUGCCUUUUUUCUGAUACAUACGAAAGCUAGUCUCUGCUCUACAUGCCGCGGCAUAUAUAUAUACUCUGCGUAUCAAUCAUAUAACAAAAAAGAUCCCAGAUUUUUAAACAGCGUGAAUGGGUAAAGACUGGUUCUCUUGGGGCGGCGGCGGCGGAAGAGGAAGGUCCGGGUCGUCCUUCUCCAAGAAAAGAACAGAGUUGAGGAAGCAGCCGGAAACCAACCGCCAAGAACGUACACCAGCGGCCACCACUGGCUGCAUGUAUGCUGUUCUUCACAUCUUUGACUUGCCUCCUCUGAACCCCCACCGGUCUUUCAACCCCAUUUCACCCUUUCUUCAUGACGACCACCAUUUUGAGCCCACCACUAAAGGUUCGAUUUUUCUUGUUACUUUUCAUAGUUUUUAGCUGUAAUGUUAAAAAUGGUCGUGUAAAAGUUGGUACUAUUAAUGCAGGUGUUGAAGCACCGAGGAACAGCUUGGAGUUGGGAGAACCGCUGCGGGUAAAAACUGCUUCGAAGACCAUGUGGUCAACCUUGAAAAAAGAGGAACAAGCUACAAAAAUUUUGAACAAUGUCUCUGUGGGGAUUAAUCAAAUCAGGACAAGUUGUGAUCUUUCUUCUUCAGAAUGUAGCUCCUCCUCCCCGGGAGGGGCCAAGACGCCUAGUCUGGUGGCAAGACUGAUGGGUCUUGACCUUCUCCCUGAGAAUAACAAUGGCUGCUCCCCGGCUUCAAUGUGUUCUUCAAGAGAAGACAGAGCAAGAUACCUCCUCCGGGACCAGCACCGUCGAUCGGGGACGUCAUCGCUGCCCGAAACCCCGAGAGGGUCUUUAGCGAGGAAGUCAGACGGAGACCGCCACCACCGCCACCACCAUAACCAUCACAGGCUUUCAUUGCAGAUUAACAAAGAGAACAUGAUUUUGGGAAGUGAAGAUGAAAUGGGCAGGGGUAGAUUUUCUUCAUCAAUAGCGGAGAAAAGGAAUAGGAACAGAGAGCACAGAGAGAAUGUGAGCGAAAUGGUGAAGUAUGUGAAAGAGAGUGUCAGCAGAAAAGUUGGUCAAGACAUAACUAAUUACACCACCAAAGACCGCAACGUUGGCCGGAAAGAGCACCGGCUUGAUACUGAUCAGGUUGUCUUGCUCAAGCCUAAUAAACCAUUCCUUGAUUUUUACGACGACUUUACCCACACCAAGAAUCACUCUCCUAGGUUAGUGUCCCCAAAAACAGAGAACCCUCCCAUAAAACAGCCUCAAAAACCCAUUUCUAAGUCAACAAGUAAAGAAAAUCACUCCCAAAAGCUGAACUUACAGAGUUCUGAUAUAGUCACGUCCUACAAAAAUCAACCCCCAAAGAAACAGCCGCCGAAAAAGGAAGAACCGUUCGUUCGUCCGGCGAAUACAAAUCAAGAAAACAAGAAAGGUUGUAAGAGAGCAACUCCUCUGUCAAUUCCAAACAACGUUCCUAACAUAUUAAGGCCGGCGGUAAGGAAGAAAGACCGGCUGCCUUUCCCCACGUUACCGGGAAAAUCGCAUCAAAAACAGGUAUCUAAAUAUGAAGAAAUCUAUACUUGUUAAAGCAAACCCACCCUAUUACUCUAAAGAUUCGAUUUUUACGUCGAAUUUAUAUGAAUCUCCUCAUUGUAUGGCAGGCAACGGAUGUCCUUUUUGUACCAAAAAGAGACUCGCAGUUAUCUAGUUCUCAGAGCCGGUUUUGCAAGCCCACUGCUCCCACCGCGAAAGGCGGCGAUCCGCCGUCCGGAAACGAUGCGGAAUUUGAGUACAUACAGAGAGUACUGAAGCGCGCCGGCGUCGAUCAUGAUACGCCGGUGUCGUUAGCAAAAUGGCACUCUUGCUCCAACCCUUUGGACCAUUCCAUUUUCCAGUACAUGGAACUCUUCCACCACUCGAAGAUGAAGCUCCGGUGUAACAGAAGAUUGAUUUUUCAUCUGGCGGAUGAACUCCUCGCCGGAAUCUUGAAACUACGGCUGAAUCCCAUGAACGGGUCGGAGCUGGUUGAGAUGCUCUGUUCGGAAAUUCGAAAACUGCCCUCCGCGGAUUGCAAGGGUUUGGAAUACAUGAACGAGGAGGGAGACGAAGAAGAUGACAACACGGCGAUGGACUCUAUAGUCGGCGAGAUUGAACGUUACGUGGCGGAGACGCUGGUGGAGGAGACAGCGAUGGUGGUCCUUGAGGUGGCGCGGGAGAGAGAGUGUGUUUAUGUCACAGGUUCUGACUUUCUGAGUGAAGCUCACAUGGUCAUUCCCCCCGUGAUUUGAUACCGGAGUGGGCCCACCGUCUGUCAUGGUGGUCUUUGUGGGGCACACAUCAGAGGCGCAAAGGAUGGCCUACUUUCUUGAUCCAGACCAGCAGACUUCUUACUGUAAUUUUCUUAGUGUAUUCAGCAUUAAUUACUUCUCUUCUUGACUGUAUUUUUGAUUAAUUAAUAACUCCGCUGAUCAAUGUAAAUACAUCUAGUAAUAGUAGUAUUAAUGAGUAAUUCUAUUCUGAUGGUGUUCAUAAAUUUAUUUUGUUCUG